AUGUCUUCGAAUACGUCUACUCCGCCUCCCUCUGGACCGACGGAAGCUGUUCCGAGUACCACCUUUGGGCCCGUUUUCAUAGGCAAUAUCAUCAAUUGGUUUCUCCUCGGUACCCUAGCAGUUCAGCUGUACAUAUAUGCCAACAGCGCGCAAAGCCGCAAAGACCCCAUUUGGGCUCGUCUACUGAUCUGCUGCGUCUUCCUUGUAGACUUCGCACAGAGCAUCAUCGUAACACAAGAAGCAUGGUAUCGAGCAGUGGAGAUAUGGGGCAAAACCGAGCUGCUCAGCAGCAAGAUACCGUGGAGCGGUGCACUAAUCUCUCUUCUCGACGGGAUCGUGGCAUGGAUGGUCCAGUCUUUCUACGCCUGGCGUAUCUGGACACUUACUCGAGGCGCUUGGGUACGGAGUCUGCCCAUCCUCAUCGAACUGCUCUCGAUCAUGCAGUUCGCGGCGUCCCUGGCGGGCACGAUUGGGAUCCUCAAUGCCGACGGAAGUACCAACUCGCUGGAGCACAUUCAGAGCAGCAUCGACACUUGGCUCGCGGGAAGCUUUGCGAAUGACAUGAUCAUCGCUGCAUGUAUGAUAGCGCUGCUCUAUCAAGCGCGGUCACGUACAGUCUGGGUGCAGUCUCAAAGCUUGUACGAUCGGUUGAUCAUCAACACUCUUCAAACCGGUCUGAUCACGGCCGUCGUCGCGGGAGUCGAUCUCUUCCUCUGGGAGCAUUACCCGGCGCAGUAUUUCCAUCUAACGGCCGCAAUCAUCCUGGGGAAGCUUUACAGCAAUGCCUUCAUCUCAACUAUCAACGGUCGCGUCUUUCGCGAGUACAAGAGCAACUCGCAGCAGUCAUCUUCCGCGGGGAACAGUAGCGGUGCAACAGAUAUGGGGGUUCAAGUGCACAUCGCUCAACAACGUGAGCGGCGCAUCGACGCUCAAACUCUUGCCCCGCCCGAUAGGCGGAAGUUUGCUGUGGAUAGGCAAUCGCCGACAGCAUGGAAGGCUCGUCCAUCGUCAGACGACGAUUCACAAGUUUACGAACUCUCCGCGCUCUCGAAGGCUAAUCAGGAGGAAAGCCGCAACGACGCCAAUGCAAACGCAGUUUAG